UCAAAUCGCACCUUCCGUCAGAUACACCGUCGAGACACCUGAGAAACGUCACUCGACAAAAUUUCAAGUAAAAAUAAUAAAAACUUAAACUAAACAUACCAUCGCCGAUCGGUAGAUGCUGAAAAUUCGGGCGAAUGUUGGAAAUAAUUUUUUUACAAAUGUGGAGAAAUAAAGGAACGUGAAGGAGUAAAAAAUAAAGAAGAAAAGGCGAAUGGUUCCGAUCGUGUAUCGACAAGGUCCAAGUCACGGAAUCCGGGCUUCUUUCUUACGUGCCGGCGGUCUCCUGGCGCGGCUACGAAAGAGAAUCCGCAAAAGGAGCGACGACUAAGUCAAUCCCAGUGACUUUUUCAUACCAGCUGGCGGGUCCCCAGCUACUCACCUCAAAAAUCUUUAUCCUCUAUCUUUCUUUCCACUCGUGUUUCACCAUCAACAAGAACCAACGUAUUAUACACGAAAAGGACUCCUAAGAUUUACAUCAUCGGUCCAUGGCUAUGGAUUUACAUUGUCAUCCGUGUAAAAACCAAUCGCUAAGGUUUCACUUGCUGUUGAAGAGCUUGAGGAACUCAACGAUCGCUCAAAUGCAUCGUCGACCAUCGCCGAGGUGGAGUGCAUCCCCCAAUCCCCACGUGUCCCAGUGAAGUUAUCCAAUUUUUCAAAAAUAAAACAGCAACGAGCCCUGGAAAAUAGCGGAAUGGAUCAACGAGAGAAGAAAAAUUGAAGGACCGUGUGAAGAAGUUCAUUGGGCCGUGGCCAUAACCAAGGUUAUGGUCGAGAUAAACUUGUAGCCGAGUGCAGCUCUGAUAAGGAAAAACGAUCCGUCGGAUCUGGGGGACUUUACGUUGUGUGACGAGUGUCCCGCUGGCAGUGGGCCCCUUCGGACGCUGCCCACUCCAUACCGUCGGCUAUUCCUCAUCAUCGUCGACUGGCAAAUUAAUCAAAUUCAUCAAUAAAUCUUCGAUUCAUUCUCACGUGAAUAUUAAAUCUCCAAGUUAUUGAAAAUAAUUACCACGAAUGCACGCUGAUGGCAUGUUUUCCGAGUUCGGGAGGUCUUCAAUGAUGACAAGGAAAAGCAGGAAAAAAUUGUUAUUGAGUUGUGCUUAGGAAGUACGAAGAAUUUUACGUAUUCUGUUUACAAACAUUUCAACAGUCAAUCAAGUGUAACUCGAGAGUGGGUGAGUGACUCAGUGAAGACGUUGGCUGGACAAAAUUUAGCCAUUACUCCGAGUUAAACUUUAGUGAUUGAUCUUCAAGAUAGACAAUUUUGUCAGUUGACUGUUGACUUUCACAUUGUGAAAACAGUGCUUUUUCUUUUCUGAGAUUUUGGUGAGGGUUUGUGGGGAAGACAUUUGAGUUGGUGACAGUUAGACUGGAGCUGUAUUUGCCGUAUGCACCACUGCCGGGGGGUGGAGGAAUCCUCCCGGCGGUGUCGAGUGGCGGUGGCUGCAGACCGGUGUUACUCGGUGGUGUUGACCUGUCAAUGUCAGCAGCGGUACAACCAUCACUAAAUGCUCCACCAGUCCACAAUUCCCUUCAUCCAUCCACCGCUCUGACAUCUCUGCCACAAUUGACAAGUGGGUCCGUUAUCAUGCCCCGUCCACCAGCCACUGGUAUACCAACACUUGGAACACCUAUUCCAGCAGCUCACCAUGAUCCUUCGGAAAUUGGUGAUGCACCUGCCAACCCUGAUGUCCUGCUUGCCUUACUAGCGAGGAAUAAAAAUUUUGAGGAACAGAAAUGUGAGACACACUCUCCUCUCCAGAGUAAACCAUCAAUACCAAAAUGCGGUGGUUGCCAAGAAGCAAUCCUAGACAGGUACGUCCUGAGAGUCCUAGAGAAGUGUUGGCAUGCACGUUGUCUAACAUGUCGUGACUGCGGUGCUAGAUUAUCAGGCAAGUGUUUUGCCCGAAACGGCCACGUCUUCUGCAAGGAUGACUUCUUCAAGCGGUUCGGGACAAAGUGCGCUGGCUGCGGCCAAGGAUUGGCACCAUCCCAGGUCGUCAGAAGGGCCCAGGAACUUGUCUAUCAUCUCACCUGUUUCUCCUGUGCCCUGUGCUCCAGACAACUCGAUACUGGAGAUGAAUUUUAUCUCAUGGAGGACAGAAAACUCGUAUGCAAACCUGAUUACGAGCAGGCCAAGGCUAAAGAGCUGGCUGAUGGGGGCAGUAUCGAUGGCGAUCAGCCGAACAAGAGGCCGAGAACGACGAUAACUGCUAAGCAGCUGGAGACACUUAAACUUGCCUAUAAUAACAGCCCCAAGCCUGCUAGACACGUCAGGGAACAACUAUCGCAGGAUACUGGGCUGGAUAUGCGUGUUGUUCAAGUUUGGUUUCAAAAUAGGAGGGCGAAAGAGAAGAGACUGAAAAAAGACGCAGGAAGAACGAGAUGGUCCCAAUACUUCCGGAAUAUGAAGGGCAAUGGUGCUGGUGGUCAUUCCCCAAGACAUGACAAACUCCUCGACAAGGAUGAGCUCAAGGUCGAUCUCGAUUCGUCAUUUGGUCAUCACGAUUUGAGUAAUGACAGCUACGGUACCGUUGUCAAUAUGGGACUGGAGGGUGAGGGUUCGAGUCCAGGUGGUGGUGGCAGUGGAAAUGGAGGUGGUGGUCCACCCAGAGGCUAUUUGGGUGGUACAACACCACCUUAUUUAUCAACGUCCAGAUCACCGUCCUUACCACCACAAUUUCCUUACCCUCCAGACGCUGGCCUCUCGGUUUACACAACUAUUGGUGGACCAGGUGGAAUGGUACCAGGACCAGCAUCCGAUCUAAGUAAUGAGUCGAGUGGCGGUGGCGGAGGUGGAGGUGGAGGAGGAGGAUAUCCUGACUUCCCACCAUCUCCAGAUUCCUGGCUUGGUGAAGCUCCUCAGCAUCCUCAUCACCAUCCCCACUACUCCACAUAACCCCCCAAAAAAAGGAAACUCAUAGAAUCACCGAAUAUCGUCUAGAAGAAACAGGGGCUGAAGAAUGGAGUGCAAAUGGUAUCCAACUAUCAAUGACGCCUGAAGAGUUUCGACUCAUUUUGAAGCAGUAAGAAAUACCUCUCAAAAUGAUUCAUAACUUGAAAAUUCUAUUCAUGAUUCAGGGUCAUUUAAUUCUGAAAUGCGAUACAUUUUGUGCCCAGUGUCUUCCCGAUUAUCGAUUGGAGAGAAAAUUUGCGAUUAAAUUGAAUUUUUCUCUCGAUAUUGAUGUUCUCUUUAGACGAUACUCGCCACCGUCCCUAGACACAAAAAUUUAAGAUCCUGUCACCAAAAAACGGCUCUAUUACUUAUAAAUUAUAUCACGUAACAUUCGCAUCGAUAUUAUUAAUAAUAGAUAUAUAUAUUUAUGUACAAGUUCCUCGUUUUCCCGUUGCGAUUUAGAUGGAAAAGAAUGGAGAAAUACAUUGAUUCGUUUAGUUGAUAGUUUUGGAGAUGAAAUUACUUGCAAAUGGACUUUAUUCUCAUUUUUUUAUGUCAGUUUUCUUCAAGAAAAAAUAGUAUAGAAUUGUUUGACACAAUUAUUUUUUCGUUGAGAAAGUUCUACAAUAAAUGGGAUGAAGCUAUUUGCGGAUUUCAACAUUUAUGCACGCGAAGAAUUCCGUUGUUUUGUGGGUUGAGGAAAUCAGUGAAACAUUCUCGCAAUCUGCGUCGAGAGACUGUCCAGGUUUUUUUUUGUUUUGGAGAAUUGAGUACCAAAAUGGUAAAACGAGAUAAUUGAAUUAGACUUCAAGAUUGGAUUUAAUCAGAUGUGGAAAGUGAAAAGUUGAUCGAUUUUUUUUUUACAUUUAACAAAUUUUAACAUCUAACGAUUAAAUUUAAAAAACUCGUUUGCUGACUUUAAGAUAGCCAUCUUGUUUUCUUGAAUAUAAAAAAUGUAGAUGAGAACUCCUCAAUUAUUGAUUUAUCUAAAAAAUGAUCGAUUCGAAAUUUCUUUAGAAAUCAAUUUCUUGAAUUUUCUCAUAUUUAACGAACCUGUAGAAUUCAACUUAUCUCACUUUGUCGCUUCCUUACUGAAUUAAUUUAUUCUCCUUCCGUUCGACGAUAUUGUCACUAAUUCAACUGGAAAAUAUCUCAAUUUACGUCAUUGUUUCAUCAUUUGGCUACCGGGAUUGUUCCGGACAGAUGAAACACCGAUAAAAACCUCUAAAAUGCGCACUUGUUUCCUCGAUCUAUUUGAAUAACGGGGUCAUCGUCUGCAAAGCUUGUGUGGGAUCGACGAAAUUUUUCAAAAGAUGUCACACUGUAAAUAUUUGAAAUAAGGAAUUUCGAUGAUAAGGAAAAUUCUAUUGUACAUCAGUAUCGUCGCGUAUCGCGAUAAACUUAAUGUCAGGUGCAAAGAACCGUAAAUUGUCCAUUAUAAAGUUUCCACUCGAGACCCAAAAAAAAAAACGAGAAAUGAAGAAAAUCCGCAAUUGAUUGUGGAGAACGCAUUUAUUAUGAUCGAGAAAUAUUUCUCGUCGUCCGAAUGAAUCUGCAGUUUCCAGAAAGAAUAAUCUGGAAAAAUUCCCAUGAGAACUGCAUAAAAUGCUUGUUUUAACAUAAAGUCAGGUCAAAUCGACUGUUGAUAUUGAAACUAAUUUAGUGAACAAUUUCUUUGUAAAUUCAUUUGGAAUGCGUGCAAUGUAAAAAGAUUUGAAAAUGAUAGUCUCGAAUUAAGUCACUGUACAUUCCCCGUUCGGCGUUUAUCAUUUAUAAUGUGCGAAUUGAAUCACUAAUUAUAGAAUACAAGUCGAAACAACACAAAGUAGUCCGACAAGAGUGGAAAUAUGAAUUAUUAGAGUAAUUGUGAGAUGAAAUGUAUAAAGUGAUAAAAAAAAUUAUGAGUUCAAUGGACAAAACCACUUGGACGUGAUUUCGUCGUGUUCGCAAGUUAGCCAGAAUCAGUUAUUACGGAUCUUUAUAUUAUUAUCUAGUC